AUGAACUGCUUUAGCGUGCGACGGAGUUCCUCUGAGACUAAGAGGCUGAUUGGGAAAAAUGAGCAGAGAGAAGGCAAGUUGACUGCGAUAGAGGAGGAGGAGCGCGGUUGGUCCAAAGUGAAGGAGGACAGACUGAAAUCGACAACGGCGCGGGCGUCGGUGCUGCGGGCCCUGAUGGACGACUUCCUCAACGAGCACAGCGGCGGCGGCACGCGGCUCCACGCGGCGGCGUCGCUGGCCGACGAGGCAACCUGCCGUCGGCUGGUGGAUGAGGGCGCCAACGUCGGCGCCAGGUGUAGUGACUUCGGGGCCACGGUGCUGCAUUACGCGGCCUUGAAUGAGUCUCACGGCGAGGGACUGAUCACCUACUUCGUUUCAGUGGGAAUCGGUGCUUGUGUCACGGAUGAAGACGGUCUCGAGCCCAUCCACUACGCCCUCAGGGUGGGAAACCUCGGCAUCGCCAACAUGUUGCUCAGACUCCGCCGCGGAGGCCCUGGUUCCUCCUGCGACUCGUUGCUGCACUUCUGCGUCCGACAUAGGCUCCUCCGCGCGGCUAAGAUGGUGCUUGAGCGAAACCGGUGGAUUUUGGAAACGAAAGAAGAAAUGGGCAGGACGCCCCUCCACCUGGCCGCCGCAGUGGCAGACGUGAGAAUUUGCGAGUGGCUGUUGAAAGAGGGCGCCAGCGUGACCGCCAUGUGCGGCGUCUACGGUGGCACCGCGUUGCACCACAUGGCCAUGAACAGCAGCGAAGGCGCCGAAAAACUCGUCGACCUCUUGUUGUCACACGGUGCAGACAUUGAGGCCAGGACGUUGGCACGAGAGACGCCACUGCAGGUUGCUCUCUUGCAGGGAAAUUUGAGAACGGCUAAACGACUGAUUCAGCUCGGCGCCGACUGCACGGUUCGGAAUAAAAACGGCUACAACCUGCUGCAAGUGUGCCUCGAGAAAAACGUGAUAACCAGCGCCCAGUUUGUGCUGGAAAACAACAGAGAGCAGUUGUUUGAGAUGUGCGGAUCGGGCGGCGAGACGGCGCUGCACGUCGCCGCCCGGUGUUGCGACCUGCCCACCUGCGACUGGCUGGUUCGAAACGGCGCCGACCCCACUGCCAUUUCUGAUGAUGGCUAUGGAAUCCCGCCCCUGCAGAUGGCAAAACUCAACGACAAGUGGUCUAUCGAGCUCGUGGACUUUUUCGAAAAAAUUUCGAAUGUUGUCCAGGAAACUGAAGUUUAA